AUGCGCUACCGAAAGGUGGGUGUUACCGAAAGGGGGGUGGGGCAUGGUACCACCUACGAGUCCGAGGCCGAGGCUACUCGUGCCUGCAAGACCGUAGGCUGGGAGAUAGGCUUUGGCCUUAGGCGCCGGAAUGCGAAGCCUUCGGCUCGUGCGCCGACCUAUGUGUUGCUCGUCUGCACGAAGUACGGCCCGUACGUUGAUAACCACGACCCAGGCGUACACGAGUCGAAGAGCCGGCCGAACACAUCGUCACAAUGCACCGACUGCAAGUUCGCCCUUGGGCUUAAGAAGCAGCCUGGAGCGGGAGGCGGCUGGACUGUGCAGCCUACCGCGAAGUGCGAGCCUCACAAUCAUCCCUUUACUCCAGCUAUCACACACAGCGGCUUCCGUGCCGAAGUCAUCAGCCAACGCCGCAAGCAUAUAAUACACUUAUACAACUGCGGCCUCCGCCCAUAUCUCAUCGCGGCACACCUUCGUGGCCUAGUCCACGAAGACCCUAGUCUCGGCGGCAUACAGGGGGCACACAUCGCGAACGCCCUCGCGGCACACCGGCGCGAGGAACUUGCCAAUCGUACGCCCAUACAAUUCCUCUAUGACCUUCUCAAAGACUCGUCCUUCGGCUUCUUUCGCGAUGCACGUGACGGGAGAAUCGGCUAA